AUGCGAGGGAGGAGAAUCAAAGCGAAACACGAGGACGGCAGGGAGAGUCACUGGGAAGAGACUCCUCGAGCGUCGAACUGGUAUCGUCGGGGACGACGGUAUGUGUCUGGGAGAGGACGGAGGACAGGAAAAGAAUACAACAACCUGGGGCGAAGGGGGGGCGGAAACAGCAGCGGGGGGCAUGUGAUGACCAACGCCGCGAUCGGGACAGGGCGGUGGGCAAGGAGGCCUAACGGCAGUAAAAGGGUACAGAACCAACAGAAGGGCCGAGCGGAGGCACAAAAGAAAAGAGCAAAGGAAGCAGGCAGGACGAAACCGGUAUAA